UAAUGCAAAGAAUAUAAAAAAUAUAAAUAAUUGUACAUACUUACUACUUACCGGUAGAAGAUUCUGAUGUAUUUAGUAAUUUAGUUGCCUAGCCUGAAUUGUUGCUCUUGCCUUCACUUCCUCGCAUCUCGCAUCGGUAAAAAAAAACUGGUUAUGACACUUGGCAUUUAAUAUAAUAUAUUGCUCCGAUUGGUGUUUUUUUAAAAAUAGUUAUUAAAUAAAUAAAUUAGUUUUAAAUAGUUAAAAUAAAAUGGCGAGUCCAAGAACACGUCGAGCUUUGGGUGAACUGAAGCCUCACGAUGAAAAUAAUAAAUGUUUUGAGUGCGGAGCUCAUAAUCCUCAAUGGGUAUCUGUAACAUAUGGGAUAUGGAUCUGUUUGGAGUGUUCGGGCAAGCAUCGUGGCCUUGGUGUUCAUCUCUCAUUCGUAAGGUCUAUAUCAAUGGAUAAGUGGAAAGAUGUCGAGCUGGAAAAAAUGAAAGUCGGAGGUAAUAGAAAAGCUCGUGAAUUUUUUGAGUCCCAACCUGAUUGGGAUGAUUCUAUGCCAAUUAAUAAAAAGUACAAUACUAAAGCGUCUGCUCUGUAUCGUGACAAGAUUGCUACGUUAGCUAGAGGUGAAUCUUGGAGCAUUGAUAAGGCUGCUGCUAAAGAUUUUAUGCCAACGUACUCUGACAAUAAUAGCAACGAUAAUCAUUCAUACUCUUCAUCUGGUGGAAUGUCUUCACCUUCAUCCUACCAGCAAGAUGUAAAUAAUCCAAACUCGUAUCAGCAGAGUAAUUUUAAUACAGCUGCAUUUAAAACACAAACUGAAUCAUUUUUUGCGCGAGUACAAAAUGAAAACGCUACUAGACCAGAUAAUAUUCCACCGAACCAAGGUGGUAAGUACGGAGGAUUCGGAUAUCAGAUGGAUGCGCCUCCAAGAAGUACAUCCCAGGAAUUUUUUGACACUGCUGUUUCUUCAUUAGCGAGUGGAUGGUCAAUAUUUUCAUCAUCAGCAUCUAAAAUUGCUACUAAAGCUACCGAGAAUGCUAUUAAAAUCGGUGGUAUGGCAACACAAAAGGUAGGAGAUAUAGGACGUCGCGGAUGGGGAGAUCUUUCUGGUACAAAUUCAUCAUCAUCUUUAUCGCAAUCUCAAUCACAAUAUCAGUAUCAAUCAAAUGACCAGUAUCAAAACGUAUCAUCUGAUAGUUACCAAAACAGCUAUCAAAAUUCUUACUCCAAUGAAAAGUCUUCCCUAAUGUCUAAUUCUAGUAGCAAUGGCGGUGCAUCAUCAAACAAUUCAUCGGUGCAAGACUGGGAUUGGGGCAAUUCGCAACAAAACUCAGAGACUAUUACAGAAAGUAAAUCAACAUCUCGCAGAAGUAAGGAAAAAAAAGUAAAAGAUAAAGAAUCAUUGAUUGACUUUGAAAGUAAAAAUGAGGAUAGUUGGAAGAAAACUUCAUCCAAAGCUGAAGAAGAUGCCUGGGAAAUUUUGAAAGAUUAAUGAUGGUAAUUCAAUAAUUAUAUAAUUAAAUAUAAAUAUAGAUAAAUCGUUUAAAUAAUUACAGUAUGAAAUAAUUAAACAUAAA